UGUCAGCAUGUCUUCUUCUCCGAUGUCCGGCUUCAUCAGCAGCAGUGAGAAGAACACGACCGGCGCUCAGGACUGGACCCAGGUGUACGAGGUCGUCCGGUGGAUCCAGCUGCUCAUGGCUGUACUCAGCAUUUUGGGUUCAGGCUCCAUCAUCAUCUGUCUGAUGCUACAGAGACUCAUCAGGACACCAGAGCUGCAGCCUCUGUUCCUGCUCAGCGUGGCCGACCUGCUGCUUGCCGUCUGCUGGCUGAUUGGAGGCGUCCUCUUCUCUCAGCGCUGCAACAGUCUCAACACACACUGCUACCACCUGCACACCAUAGAACAGAUUCUGUACAUGGCCUCCUUCCUCUACACCCUCAACUAUGUGUGGAACCUCUACAAAGGAAUCAGAGAGAAGUACUACAGCUGCUUCAGUGGAUACUCUGUACAGUUUUCCAACAGAGUGAGCACAGCUGGGAAAGUCGCUGCGCUGCUUUGCUGUCUGGUUCCUGUGACGCUGAUGACGCCUGUAUUCAUACAGGGAAACAUCAGCCAAUGUCAGGCUAACUUCAGUGAACCCUACAGGUGUCUGCUGAUGCACACCGGAGCGCUGUACCUGACCUCAGAGCACCAGCAGCUGAGCAGAACCUGCAGUUUGCUGCACACUUACACCAUACUCAUCUUCCUCACCACCUUCCUCCUCACGCUCCUCAGCAUCACGGUGUUUGUGGGACAAGCCCGCCGCAUCUACAGACGGGUUGUGACAUCCAGUGGUUACCUUGGCAAUGAGCAGCGGGCCCUGUUUGGCGUGAUGGACCGACGGAUGCUGCUUUACCCACUGAUCUUCGUCCUGUGCUGGGGUCCAGCGGUGGCGCUGGCGUUCCUCCGGGUGGCGAAGCCCUCAGCGGGUCAUGGUGUGGUGGGGGUCAUCCUCUACAUAUCUCAGGCUUUCACCUCAGCCUCCCAGGGCUUCCUCAACUGUCUGGUCUAUGGAUGGACUCGUGUGCAGCUUCGCCACGCCGGCAGGACGGUUCUGUCUCGUGACGUGGACACACAGACGCCGCUGCUGCAGUCUCAGCUGAUCAGAAACUACCAAACCCAGAGACUCAUGGGCUGAGCCGAGCUGAUGGCGGAGACUGAGCGAGUCCGCAUCACUAAAUGGAGAGACGGCGUCAGACGAAGGACAAACAUUGAACAAAGACUUCCACCUCCAUCCAUCUGAGAAAAAGAGAAGAGGAAGAGAAAGGGGGGGUUUACACUGCGAGGAAGAGACUAAGAAAACAGGAUUUGAAACAGUUUCAUGAACUCUGAUGUGAAGAAGCAAACAAUGGUGUCUGUGUAGAAGCCAGCAGUUCUCUCAGAUAUCAUCUCCGAACAGACCGAAGAGGCAGAAAUGAGGAGAAAAUGUUUGAAAUGUGGUGACAGGUGACAUCGUAAACUCGAUUAUCUAAUCUGUCAGCUGAUCAACAUAAACAAAAACAACCCUGAUCCCAUCCCACAGAAAGCUGCUGUUUUAAGGUUUAUUCCGACCUGCUACUCCUGGAAUAAGAACCGUGUCUGGCCUCUGAGUGUGUGUCCAUUAUGUGCUGUAAUCUGAUUACUGAGGGUCAGUUCACUUGUUUGUUUGAGGCAAGUUCAGGCUGUUCAGCAGCUUCCUCCAUGCAGACUUAUUUCCUGAUUUCCUGGACACGACGGUUUGUAGCUGGAAAGCUUCUAUGUUCCUCUGAAGGACCAGGAUGUAACAGCCCUGGAGUGGUGGACCUUCCUUCUGACUUUCUCUGCUCAGACCGAGGAUUUGUGAUGCCUUUAAUGUUCUAUGUAAAGCGCUGUGAAUUGUCUUGUACAUGAAAUGAGAUUUAUAAAUAAAGUUGCCUUGAAGACGACCUGAAUCGCUUCAG